UCCUUUUGAGUUUAACUUUUAACUUUUAAGUAAUAAAUAUUAGCAACAUUAGUGUAUGUUUUAUUAUUUUAUAAAUUGUACUUAAAUGCGUUACGUUUGCGUUUGAUUUGAGUAAUUUUUUAUCGACGAUAAAGUAAUAAAAAAAUCGAAAAUGAGACUGAGGGCGAUAUUGGGUUACUCGAUCUUCGGAACGGGAUCCACAUUGAUGUCAGCUAUCAUACUGUUCUACCUGUUGGCCGGUAAAGGUGAGCAAAUCAGUGUUGGUUGGUUCUUAGCCAAUACAUCGCCGUAUAUGUGGGCUGUGUUGGGUAUAUCUUUGGCGGUUGCUCUGUCCGUGGUUGGAGCCGCUUUAGGAAUACACACGACCGGUGUGAGCAUCGUCGGUGGUGGAGUAAAAGCACCACGCAUCAAGACCAAAAAUCUUAUAUCCGUCAUCUUCUGCGAAGCAGUGGCCAUUUAUGGGCUGAUCACUGCAAUUGUCAUGUCCGGCCAGUUGGAAUCGUUCACAGAUAAUGUGGACACCGCACAACAAAUCAGAGAUCAAAAUUGGAUGGCCGGCUAUUUAAUAUUUGCUGCCGGUAUAAGCGUAGGUUUGGUUAACCUGUUUUGUGGUAUAGCUGUUGGAGUAGUGGGUUCAGGUGCAGCGUUAGCAGAUGCAGCAAACUCUUCACUUUUUGUCAAGAUUUUGAUUGUUGAAAUUUUUGGAAGUGCCAUUGGUCUUUUUGGUUUGAUUGUAGGCAUAUAUAUUACUUCCAAAGUGAAAAUGGGUGAUAAAUAAUCCAACAUUCUAUGUUAUUCAUGUGUAUAUUUAUUUUUGAAUAGUUUUGUUUUGAUUUUGAAUUUUCCAAUAAAUUGUAAUACAUUGGAUGGUUCUUAAAUCUACCAAGUAGUAUUAGUGUUAUUAUUAUAAGUUAAUUAAUUAUUAAUUAUUUCACUCGGUCUAUUCAAAUUUGUAAAUUAUCAAUCCCAAUUACACAUUUCAUAUAGAAGUUUAAAAUAUACGUUUAUAUUAUAUAUAAUUUACAAACAAUUGUUUUAUGUAAUAAACUAUUAUCUUUAACACAUAGUCCUACUUCCAUCAUAUUGUAGAACUAGAUCAAAUUUGGCCUACUGUUAAUCGUAUGGAAAAUGAUUCAUACAAAAUUAAUAUUCUUGAAAACCCUUUAACUUGUAGACUACUUAUUAUAAGGGAUAGGUUAUUAAAUUUAAUUUUUGCAGUACAUACUUUCAUGUCUUUGAGUAAUAUUCAAACUUCUAAGUAUAAUGUUACUUUUAAGAUAGAAUACAUUAAACCAAAACAAAUUGUUCAUUUUAUUUUAAUAAUUAAUACCAAAUUAUGUACUUCAUCAUUCCACGUGUUCAUAAAUAAAUACUUGUUAAUUAAAAUAUUAAA